AUGGGAUACUGGAGAGAGUUCACGUUCCAAAAGAGUCCGGUAGGGUGGUUGACGCCAUCAGUCGAUCCACGCCAUACCCCUGCACCCAAGUUCCCCCCCCCCCUGCACCCACCAGGUAUCAAAGCCAACAGGGCCCGGUCGAGCGUCGAGCAGCAGCAGCAGAGAGUGGUGGCAAUUGACCUCGCUAUUUUGACGCCGACAGGGCGAGUACUCCACGGGCAAGUCGUCUUCAGCUGCCGCCGUCGACCAGAGACGUCCAAUGCCCAAACGCAGGCGCAAACUCUAACCAGAAAGCCCAUCGCAGCACCAUCAGACUUGGCCAUGUCGAGACAGAAGCAAGGCAGGCUUUCGUCAGGUUCCGCAUACCAUGCCUCGUCUUCCCUGCAGCCCGCCACGGACUGCCGCACGAGCAAAACCUUGGACGCCACAGAUGACGGUGGUGGUGGUGAUGACGGGCAUGGUGAGAAUGGUGAUAGCAUCAAGAAGAACAGCAAUGGAAAUGACGAUGAUAACGAUGGCGGCGGAGGUGGAGGCGGAGGCGGCGUCAUCGGCGUCGGCCGCGGUGAUGCUGGUGAUAAUACUGCCGUCGCUUGGGUGUGGGGAAAGCAAGAGUAG